CUCUUUUCACCGCAAACGCAACGUAAUUUCGCUAUUCAUCAAAUUGAUACCGUUUUUAUUUCAUUUGAUUUAGCUUUUAUAACCUUUAUGUAUGAUAAUAACACUCUUCAGCUAAAAUCUUGUUCAGUAUCGAGCUUCAAUUUUACAAAAAAAAAACUAAAAAAAAAAACUUUUAGACCAGUUUGGUUAUUGAUUGGACAUUAAAAUUAUCUUCGCUAUAUUUUUUUCGCUGUUUGUUUCCUAUAAUAAGUUGAUUUUUCUGAUUUUCUGAGUUGGAAAUGAUAGAGAGGUUGAGACUACUGCUUAUCAAGUUGGCUCUGAGCUCCGCCGUUCUCACUUUGCUGGUCCUGGGCGUGGUGUUGCUGUCUGUGCAGCUGUACGUGUUCAUUAGAUGGAACUUCGCUGAAAUAGUAGAGGUAGUGAGUGGAACUGGAUCCAUUGCCAUCGCCCUCUACAUCACUCUGGGUCUCUCCUGUGCACUCGUUCUAUUCAGUAUUGUAGGCCUGUGUGGUGUCUGCAGACGAAGCUUCGGCUGCCUUUCCACCUUCGCCCUAUUCCUCGGGUUGUCCAUUGUGCUUCUGGUAGCACUGGUUGGCUGUUUCUUCGCCUAUAGAGAUGUCGUUGACGAGCAUGGCAAAACUGAGAUGAUGGACUCCAUGAUCAACUACUACCAAGGUAAAUUAAAGUCUCUUUUUCAGGUCCUGGGCGUGGUGUUGCUGUCUGUGCAGCUGUACGUGUUCAUUAGAUGGAACUUCGCUGAAAUAGUGGAGGUAGUGAGUGGAACUGGAUCCAUUGCCAUCGCCCUCUACAUCACUCUGGGUCUCUCCUGUGCACUCGUUCUAUUCAGUCUUGUAGGCCUGUGUGGUGUCUGCAGACGAAGCUUCGGCUGCCUUUCCACCUUCGCCCUAUUCCUCGGGUUGUCCAUUGUGCUUCUGGUAGCACUGGUUGGCUGUUUCUUCGCCUAUAGAGAUGUCGUUGACGAGCAUGGCAAAACUGAGAUGAUGGACUCCAUGAUCAACUACUACCAAGGCGAGGCCGGUCAGGACCCGGUGAGUAUCGGCUGGAAUCUGCUGCAGUACUCUCUCCAAUGCUGUGGGGUGGAGGGUCCGGGGGACUGGAACCAGACUAACUGGUAUGCCACAGAUCCACAAGUGCAGGAACUUGACCAG